AGAGGGACCCUCACUCCGGUAGUGAUGCGAAGAGAGAGGCUCUGCUGGCUGAACAACACUUCCAUGGGAUAAAAAACCUUCCUGCUCACAUUUAACCGCUAAUUGUGUCUGUGCAUGUGUCACGAGGACCGAGAAAUGCUCUGGUAGCGCGAGCGCGAAUGACACUAUCGCCCGCCUUUUUGUUUCCCAAAAGAUACUCGGAGCUUACUUGGAGCCGUUUGGACAUUGAGCAAGUUUUAUUCGUUAUUUACUCGAAAUACAUUUGAGUGUUUUUUUCUUGGAGCCCCAAGCCGAGGACGAAAUGGAGAGCGAGAAGUACUUGCCGGAGCUUAUGGCAGAGAAGGACACGCUGGAUCCGUCUUUUCAGCACUCCCUGCGGCUACUGGAUCAAGAGAUUGAAAAAAUCCAGAAAGAUGAGGGGAAGGAAGAAGAGAAGUUCAUCGACGUCGUCAUCAACAAGAACAUGAAACUGGGCCAGAAAGUUUUAAUACCAGUCAAGCAGUUUCCUAAAUUUAACUUUGUCGGCAAACUCCUCGGGCCACGCGGGAACUCGUUAAAGAGACUACAGGAGGACACUCUCACAAAGAUGUCAAUUCUUGGAAAAGGAUCCAUGAGAGACAAAGAAAAGGAGGAAGAGCUACGGCAGAGCGGCGAGGCCAAAUAUCACCACCUUAACGAAGACCUGCACGUCCUCAUCGAGGUGUUCGCGCCGCCGGCUGAGGCUUACGCCAGAAUGGGUCACGCUCUGGAGGAGAUCAAGAAGUUCCUCAUACCAGAUUACAAUGAUGAGAUCAGACAGGCCCAGCUGCAGGAGCUCACAUACCUGAACGGCGGCUCUGAGGACGCCAAGGUGCCAUCGGUGAGGGGCAAGUCAGCCGCCCGUGGAAGAGGGACACCUGUUCCAGGGCCUCCCAGGAGUCGAGGAGGAGUUCCUCCCUUGCAUGCAGCAGUGCCCCGGGGAGCAGCACCCAGAGGAGCCCCACCCAGCCGGGCUCCAUCCUCUAGAGGGAGAGGGGUUCAGAGAGCCAGAGGCGCCCUUCCAACUGCCGGAUACAGACCAGCUCCUCCCAUAGUUCAGGACACGUACGGUGAAUAUGAAUAUGACGACGGCUACGGAACAGCUUACGAUGAUCAAGGCUACGAAUCUUAUGACAACAACUACAGCAAUCAAGGACAAAACUCAGAUGAUUACUACGAGUACGGACACAGUGGGGAAUCAUAUGAGUCGUAUGGCGUGGAAGAGUGGGCAAACAAUCGCGGCAAAGCACCGUCUGCUCGAACAACCAAGGGAGUGUACAGAGAUCAGCCAUACUCCAGAUAUUGAACUGUUUAUACAACCAACACCCGAGUCCUCAUGGCUGUCUCAACCCAAGUAAUGGAUUUUUUAUGGACAUUCCCAUCUUUUUAGAAUUGAAAACUAAAUAAUGCAAAAGAAAUGGUCAAAUUGAGACGGUAUAAUGAGUAAAAACUUGUUUUCAAAAAUGUUACUCCCUUAUUAUAAAAAGCGUACUCCCACUGGUUAAAACAUGUAAAGCAAUUGAGGUAAUCUUUCCCUUCUUCUAUUACAAAUCAACUGGAUGUUGAGAUUAAGAGCGAUUCCAUAGUACAUUAAGUUUCUCUCUCAGCUAUGUGAUUGUGAAGAAUGACAUUGUAUCAAGCACUUUUACUCAGUAAUGACUUGUGACUCAGUAGAGGCCGUCGAUACAAUCUUUCUACACAGCUGCCAGUACAACCUAAUUUACAACCCUCUAUUCUUCAGACCUUGAACUGCGUGGUUGAUCACUUAAAAAUGUAGUAGCUUAGUCCUAGGAAAGUGCAGUACUGUAGAUAUUUUUCUUUCUGAGGGGUAAUCAGUGAAAUUGUGUCCCUUGUAAAUGAAAUAUUUACAACUAAAAAAAGAGAAAAGUCCAACUGUAAACAUAUUGUUUUGCUGUUUUCCUCCUUUUUGUAAAAUAAUAGUUUGUUAGUGUUAAAGGGCUUAUAAAAGCAUGGUGUGCAACUGUGGAUAUUGUCAGCUGUUUUAUUCUGAAAAAAAAAUGUAGUUGUGUUCAUCAUAAUGGCCCCAAAACAUCCAUUUAAAAACAUCUAUAAAUAACUGCUCAUAUUUCAUGUAUACUGAACAAGCAGAGCUGCGAAACAGUCAAGGAGCUUUUUAAUUUUUGUGACUUUUCUUAGGUGCUUUAAAUCAGUACUUUCAGUGUCAUUCUUUGAUUUAAUAUGAGAUACUUUCUGACUUUGUCGGCAUAAUAAUCCAUUUUAAGAUCAUAACUCACACGCUGGUGAAUUAGUAAUUAUACCCAUCUAGAGAUUUGUUCAUCUAUAUUGAUUUUGAGCU